AUGGAUCCACUGCGAGCAGUCCACUUGGGCCCUCGGAAGAAGAGACCCAAGCAGAUGGGCACCUCAGCGGCCUCCACUCUUCAUGACAUCAGAUUUCAGGACUUAGUCCUGUUCAUUUUGGAGAAAAAGAUGGGAAGCACUCGAAGAGCCUUCCUCAUGGAUCUGGCCCGCAGGAAAGGAUUCAGGGUGGAAAAUGAACUCAGCGAUUCUGUCACCCACAUUGUAGCAGAGAACAACUCAGGCACAGAUGUUCUGGAGUGGCUCCAGGAACAGAACAUCAAAGCCACCUCUGAGCUGGAACUCCUCGACAUCUCCUGGCUGAUUGAAUGCAUGGGAGCAGGGAAGCCAGUGGAGAUGACAGGAAAACACCAGCUUCUUGUGAGAGGAGGCUCUUCCCCCAGCCCCAUCCCAGUUUCAGAGAUGAAGACUCCACCACUUGCUGUGCGAAAGAUCUCUCAGUACGCAUGUCAGAGAAGAACCACUUUAAAUAACUGUAACCACAUAUUCACGGAUGCCUUUGAGAUCCUGGCAGAAAAUUAUGAAUUUAGAGAGAAUGAAGGCUCUUGUCUGGCAUUCAUGAGAGCAGCGUCUGUACUGAAAUCUCUGCCAUUCCCUGUCAUCAGCAUGAAAGACACAGAGGGAAUCCCCUGCCUGGGCGACAAGGUGAAGUGUGUCAUAGAGGGAAUUAUUGAAGAUGGAGAAAGUUCUGAAGUCAAAGCUGUGUUGAAUGAUGAACGCUAUAAAUCCUUCAAACUCUUUACAUCUGUUUUUGGAGUGGGGCUGAAGACAGCUGAGAAAUGGUUCAGGAUGGGUUUUAGAACUCUCAGUACAAUCAAGUCAGACGAAACCCUGAAAUUCACACGAAUGCAAAAAGCAGGAUUCCUCUAUUAUGAAGACCUUGUGAGCUGUGUGAACAGGGUGGAAGCAGAAGCAGUCAGCGUGCUGGUUCAAGAGGCAGUCGCACACUUUCUUCCUGAUGCCUUGGUCACCAUGACAGGAGGGUUCCGCAGGGGCAAGAUGAUUGGGCAUGAUGUAGAUUUUUUAAUUACCAGCCCAGGAGCAGCAGAGGAAGAAGAGCAACAACUUCUGCACCAAGUGACAAACUUAUGGAAACAGAAGGAGUUGCUUUUGUAUUGUGACCACAUUGAGUCGACUUUUGAAAAGUUUAAGCUGCCUAGCAGGAAGGUGGAUGCUUUGGAUCAUUUCCAGAAGUGCUUUCUGAUUUUGAAGCUGCCCCACCAGAGAGUGGACACUGACAGGAGCAGCCAGCAUGAAGGAAAGGGCUGGAAGGCCAUCCGUGUGGACUUGGUCAUGUGCCCCUACGAGCGCCGGGCCUUCGCCUUGCUAGGAUGGACUGGCUCCCGGCAGUUUGAGAGAGACCUGCGGCGCUAUGCCACCCAUGAACGGAAGAUGAUGCUGGACAACCAUGCUCUGUAUGACAAGACCAAGAGGAUGUUUCUCGAAGCAGAAAGUGAAGAAGAAAUUUUUGCUCAUCUGGGAUUGGAUUACAUUGAACCACAGGAAAGAAAUGCCUGA